GCAGCGCUGUCGCGGCCCUUGGGCCUGCGGGUGCAGCCCAUCACAAUCCACAGGCUCAACGAUUCAUGUCAUAGCGUAGGACAUACGCAGAAAGCUGCACAUCGUCGAUCAGGCAAAAGACUAGCAGUACUUGUUUUGCGGCUGCAGCCAGCUGCAGCCAUGGAAUCUCGGAGCCUCGCAAAAGUCAAGCGGCUAUGCAAACGGCUCGUUACUGGCCCUUAUGACGAGGAAUUCAUAGCUGCGAUGGAGAAAUCUCUGAAACAGCACACAGAGGCCUCUUCCCAGAAGCCUCUUCCCCCUAAUCCUAGGCUAUGAGGUGGACCAAGAGCCCUAGUCCUCCUCCUACUGCUCCUUCUUCUCCUUCUUCUCCUCCUUCUCCUUCUUCUCCUCCUUCUCCUUCUUCUCCUGUUCCCGCUUCCACCGAGGAGGAGGUCCGGGAGCUGAAACUGGUGUAUGAGGAGGAGGCCCGGGAGCUGAGGCGGGUGCACGAGGAGGCAGUUGGUGAGCUAAACCGGGUGCACGCGGAGGAGGUCUGCAUGCUGAAGGAGAAGGUCGCCGAGCUGCAGCGGGAGCUCGAGUCGGAGUAUGGGGACGAGGGGCCUGCGGAGUGUGGAGUGGUCGAGACCAUGCGCGUCUGCGUGAACGCGGUUCUGUUGCUGGAUGAAGAGUCCACGGGGACGGUCGGCAUCGCCCUUCUGCGCGGGGACAUCCUGACCGUGCUAGCCCACGGCUUCGCGCGCGUGGCUGGCAGACUUGAUGGCGACAGCGCCGGUGGCAGCAGCAGCGGGGCCGUUGGCGGCGGCAGCUACCGCGGAGGCGGCAGCGGCCCUGCCGCAAAGGCAGCAGAGCUGCUGCACCUGCAGCAGCAGGCCAUGUGGGUUUUUUUCACCGUUCUGACACAAGUUACGGCCGCAGGCGUAAAGCCGUAUGAGCGCGGCGUCGGCUCCGAGCUGGCCGCAGCGCUGGACCGCAGCGGGGUGCUGGAGCACGCCGCGGCGGCCCUGCUCCGGCUGGCGGCGCGUCUGCACGGCCUAGCUGCAGCACUGUCGGCGGCAGCACCGGCAGCGGCGACGGCGGCGGCGGCGGCGCGCGGUGCCGCGGCGCCAAACAGGCAGCGGCAACCACGAGCAGCGGGCACGGCAGCAGCGGCGGGUCAGGGCGCCGACGCCCACUCCGUUGUACUGCUGGUGUUGGAAGAGGCGUGGAAAAUGCACCGACACGCGUCGGAGCGGCUUCUUGACGUCCUCGAUUGCCUUCUGUCUGGGCCGCGAGGCGGAUGGGAGGCCCUGUGUGCCAGCACCGACCGCUACCCCUCUCUCAUCGAGCCGGUGCAGAGUGGCAUCGCCGCUGGCCGGUGCGAUGCCGAUGCCGACGCGGCGGCGGCUGCAGCGGCAGCUGCGGCGGAGGAGACGCGGCGGCUGCUGUGCGGUCCCGCGGUGCAGCUGUUCCUGCUCGCAUGCGUGGCGAGCGCCGGCGCGGACUCCAUUGCCGCAAGGGCGCCGCCACCGGCGAACGCGGCAGCGGAGCCCCAGCCACAGCGGCGGCUCCAGUACCCUGCAUGGCUGCCAGAAGCUCUCCGACUGCAAUGGCCCGAUGAGCCCUCGUCCACGCUCGUCCGCGCAAUGUCAGUAGCAGCCCGGGCGCUGCAGGCGACGGUGAUGGGUCGCGGCGGCGUGCUGCCAUUCGCGCAGCCGCCGCACGGGCACCGGCCGGGCCAGAGCCCGCGGCCCCUGCUGCCGCACCCGUGUCCGUUCCCGUCGGCCGCAGUUCAUGUGUACGACAUCGCGGCCCGGACGUGCCACGCAGUCUUUGCCGGCGGUCAUAAAAUGGCGGCAGCGGCUGGAGCGAUAUCAGCAGGAUUAGCAGCAGGAGCAUCAACCGCCGCCGCAGCCGCGGCCGCAGAUGCAGCAGCAGGCGGUGCAGGGAGCCACGGCAUCCGCCGCAUCAGCUUGAGCCCCGACUGCGUCCUGAAGCUGCUGCGCCUCCUGCUGCGGCUGCUGCCGGAGCUGCGGCCGCGUCAGGCGGCGGUGCGGCUGCCGGGACUGUGGCAGCUGGUGGUGGCGGCGCUGCCACUCCUGGUGGAAAUGCCUGUAAAUGCGAAUCGGCAAGUCGACGCGUUUGGGCUUAUCACCGAAGCAAGCUUGCUUAUACGGCUGCGCCUGGAUGCGGCCGGCGAGGUUCCGCCGCCGCCAGUCUUCCCGCCGCCGCCACCGCAGCGGCAGCCGCCGUUGGUCAUGAGCGACACGGCGCCGGCUGCGGAGGAGCCGGAGGCGGCAGGCGUCGCGUGCUGCGGCUACAGCCUGCGCUGCGCGCUGGACGCGGGGCUGCUGCCGGUGCUGGAGCGGCUGCUGCGGCGGGCGGUGGGCGGCCUACCGCCGCACAUGGCGGCCGCAGCCACCUUCGCGGCGUUUUGCUCCGCGGGGGGUGGGGAGCUGGGGGCGGAUGCGGGGGCGGUGGCGAUGGCAGCGGCGCUGGGCGCGGUGGGCGCGAGUGGCGCGCAUAAAGUGUCAGAGGCCCUGUUGCUCGCCACACACGCCGCCUGCUCGGUCCUGCUAGAGUCGGGCGUGUUUCCGGCGGCGCUGGCGCACGGGGCGGUGGCGGAGCUGGUGCCGCUGCUGACGACGAUCGGCUGCGUGCUGCGCUGCUUGUGGAACGCCGCUGGUAGACGCCUGGUGCAGCCAGCCUUCAUGUCCUCAGACAUGGACCUUCGCGCCGCAGGGGGUAUCGCGGCCCGUCUGCCGGUGUCCGGGGCCUCGGCCGGGGGAUGCUGGAAGCUGAUCGUAGCGUCCCUUCUGAACCAAGUCAUGGUAACACGUGGCAUUGUCGCCGCCCAGCAGCAGCCUUCAGAGCAGCAGCGGGAGCAGCAGCCUCCAGCCUCGGAGGGCAUAGCCGGCAGCGGCAGCAGCAGCGCCGCAGUCAACGCCGACGCCAGCGAGGCAAGCUGCUGCGACGACACGCCAGCUGCUGCCAUGAACUCCUGGCUGCUGCCGGACCGCAUCGACCCAGCCUGGCUGGCGGCGGCCGGCGGCGCGCCUCCCGCCGGCACCGCGGCGCGCGGGCAACAGGACGUGAUGCAUAACCUGCUCACCUUGUUGUGCGUGCCGUCGCUCUUCGCCGCGCCGGCAGAGCCGUGCCUGGCGUCACCAGUGGCCGCGCUCAACGCUGCCCUGGAGGCGGCUGGUGCCCAAGAGUACUUCUUUAAGUGCGUACUGCAGGCCUGGUUUGCCUUCCACGCCUCCGUUUCAAACGAAGUUGACGGGCAGGUGCCGGUAAUGACCGGCCGCGCCAGCCGCCUCAGCGCGCCGGGCGGUGGUGGCAGCGGCGGUGGCGGCGGCGACGCGGGCUCGCUUACUGAGCAGCGGCUGCUGGCGAAGUUGUACCUGGAGGAGUGGUCGGUGCUUAUGGAGGCGGCCAUGGGCACCUACCUCCGGGGAUUUGACGAAAUCUUCAAGCACGUAAAGCGGGCCGCAGCCUGCAGCGGCAGUGCUGGUUCUGCUGCGGGCUCUGAUGGUCUUGGGGAGGGGCGCGGUGGGCGCCAGGGGGCGCGUGGCUCAGGCAGCGACAGCGGAUGUGGCAGCACGAGUGGAGGCAACGCCAGCGCCAGCAGCAUCCGUGCCAGCCCCAGAUCCAGCGCCGCCUCGGGCAGCGGUCCGCAGGACCCUCCGCUCGACGUGGGCGGCCCGCGUCGGCCGCUGAGUGACACCGAGCACGCGGUCGUGGCGCGCCGGGUGCUCGAUCUGAUGGAGGUGCAGUCGUUCUGCCUGGUGUGGUGCAGGAUGGGCAGCGGCGUGUGGCUGUGCCCGCCAGACGCGCUGCCCUUCCUGUUUCUGCCGCCUUGGGCCUUGGCGUAUCUGGAGCGCUGGGGCCCGCUGCACGAGCGGCCGUGGCUUCAGGGGCUGCUGCUGCCGGCGCCAGCAGGCGGCGUCGACAAAUGGAGCAUGCCCAAUUACGAGGCGGCGGCGGCGGUGAGGGCAGCGGUGCACCCGCUGAUGGCGGAGCAGGUGGCGCGCGGUCAGGACGCAUUUAGCCAGCUUGUCCUGCGCAUCCAGAAGCGCAUCUUUGAGGAAAACUGGGAGGCACUGCGCUGGACGCCGGCGGCGCUGCGCCUGGCGUGCGAUGCCCUGGAGGAGGACGCGGCGGCGGCGGCGGGCGCGGGCGCGGCAGCUGGGGAUGGCGCCAGCGGCAGCGGCACUACCGCUGGUGCUAGCGACAGCGCUGCGGGUGGCGCGCAGAGCACGGCGGUGCCCACGAUUUGUGGCAAUCCGUUCUGUCGCAGCCUGGACGGCCCCAGCGCGCUGAUUGCGCCCGGCGCGGGCAAGACCUGCUCGCGGUGCCGGCGGCUCACCUACUGCUGCGGCGCGUGUCAGCUGGAGCACUGGACGCAGGGGCGCCAUCGCAAGGCCUGUCCCGAGCUGGUGAAACUGAAUCAGAUGCGUCAGGCUCGCGGCGCCACGCCGUUGUGAGUGUGGGGCAGGCAGGCAUGUAGCGGUGGAGGGGUGGGGCUGUUGGGACCAGGUCCGGCGAGGCCGUUGUCGUCGUGACUGGUUUCGUGGACCGUGGUCAUGGUUUCGGCAAGGACGAUGGGGCACGGGCGCGACGUAGGCUUGGAGAUAAGCGUGGGGCUGGUGGACCUGGUUGGCGGGGGCCUGUGUGCUAAGGGCGGGUGGCUGACUGCUGAUUGCUGUGUGUGGAUGGCUGUGGCAGUUGACGGCCGCUGGUGGAGUGAGGGCGGUGGGCGCAGCAGGCAGAGGGACUGAGUGACGGAGCCGGUGAGGGCCGGUGGCGGCCGCGCGGGUGCUGAAAUGCAGGUGGCUCUGGCGGCGGCUGUGUCAGGCAGCAGCAGCAGCAAGCUGCGCGUAUCGUGCAGCCUCGUGUGGCAAGGCACUGGAUUGUACGUGUGUGUGAGCAGCAAAGUGGCGGUGCUGGAUGGGUGCAGUAGGACACAGGUCUGGCCGGUGGCGUGUACAAAUUGCAUUAGUCAUUGCUGGGCAUAAAUGGUGGAGUUGGAUGGCGGUAUGGGGUUGUUGGCUUUGAUGUGACGUGGCCGUUGACACGCGCUAGCCCGAUACUGCGACAAUUGCGCUAGGCUGCUAGUUAUGUGCGCCAGGAGCGCACGGCUGGGCUGAGGUCACACGCUGUGAAGCGUGAGGCGUAUGUGCCUGUUUGUGCGGUAAUGCGGUUUGCGUUGCGCCACUUCCGCGAAGGCAAGCACAUCACACAGCAACUCGGACAGAGGCCCAGGAGGUUGGAAGGGGUUGCACCUGGCCACCCACGGGGCUGGCCUGCAUUCUCACCCGCCCCCAAGGCUGCCCGUCCACGUGAGGAGGCAGGACGUCCGGACUGGCGCAAGGCCGCGACCUGAUCUUGUGUUCUUUUAUUUGUACCGAUGAAGAGAGUAUAUGCGCCGGGAGCACAAGGCGAAGCGGCAUGCGCACAUCAAACAAUACCAACGAUUGAUGUCAUCACCGGAGCGACGUGUUCGAUUUCUGGAU